GUUCAUUGGUAAUACUCAAUUCUAACAAUUAAGAGAAUAACAUUUAAAAACUUAUAAAGAAUAUAAUAAUGAAAGUGUGGCUCCUUUUGGUUGUGGUUCAAAUCAUUCAAAUCUCUCAAAUCCAUGGAAAAUCCUUGAGCAUCCCAGAUAAGAUUAAUAAAACCAAUGAAAUCAUUGGAUUUAAUUCAUUAAUACGUCUGAUAGACAGUCUCCUGCCAUCAUCAAUUAUCUACAAGAAAAACACUGAAUAUUCUCUUGAAGUUGAUAGUGAUGAGACUACAGAAGCAGCUACAUCAAAAACAGAUAUGAACACUACAGGGGAUAAUCAGACGGAAACUACAACUGAAACAUCUACAAACGAGACUGGAUUGGAAAGCACAACAGACACCGAAAUGGAAACAACAAUUACAACUGAAACUGAUCCUAAUGAAACAACUACAAACGAGACUGAAUCGGAAAGCACAACAGACAAUGAAUUGGAAACUGCAACAGAAACUGAUUUGGAAACUACAACAGUAAAUGAAACCGAAACAACUGAAACAAAUACAACAGAACCUGAAUCGGAAAGCACAACAGAAACUGAACUGGAAACCACAACUGUAACUUUAACUGAAACACCUGCAACCGAGACUGAAUCGGAGAGCACAACAGAAACUGAUUUGGAAACUACAACAGUAACAGAAAUUGAAACAACUACAACCGAGACUGAAUCGGAAAGCACAACAGAAAAUGAAUUGGAAACCACAAUUGUAACAGAAACUGAAACAACUACAACCGAAACUGAUUCGGAAAGCACAACUGAAACUAAAUUGGAAACUACAACAGAAACUGAAUGGGAAACUACAACAGUAACUGAAACCGAGACAACUGAAACAACUACAACUGAAACUGAAUCGGAAAGCACAACAGAAACUGAAAUGGAAACCACACCAGUGACUGAAACUGAAACAACUACAACCGAAACUGAAUCGGAAAGCACAACAGAAACUGAAAUGGGAACCACAACAGUAACUGAAACUGAAACAACUACAACCGAGACUGAAUCGGAGAGCACAACAGAAACUGAAUUGGAAACUACAACUGUAACAGAAACCGAAACAACUGAAUCAACUACAACAGAAACCGAAUCGGAAAGCACAACUGAAACUGAAUUGGAAACUACAACAGUAACUGAAACCGAAACAACUGAAACAACUACAACCGAAACUGAAUCGGAAAGCACAACAGAAACUGAAAUGGGAACCACAACAGUAACUAAAACUGAAACAACUGAAACAACUACAACUGAAACUGAAUCAGAAAGCACAACAGAAACUGAUUUGGAAACCACAACAGUAACUGAAAUUGAAACAACUACAACCGAGACUGAAUCGGAGAGCACAACAGAAACUGAAUUGGAAACUACAACUGUAACAGAAACCGAAACAACUGAAACAACUACAACAGAAACUGAAUCGGAAAGCACAACUGAAACUGAAUUGGAAACUACAACUGUAACAGAAACCGAAACAACCGAAACAACUACAACUGAAACUGAAUCGGAAAGCACAACAGAAACUGAAAUGGAAACCACACCAGUGACUGAAACUGAAACAACUACAACCGAAACUGAAUCGGAAAGCACAACAGAAACUGAAAUGGGAACCACAACAGUCACUGAAAUUGAAACAACUACAACCGAAACUAAAUCGGAGAGCACAACAGAAACUGAAUUGGAAACUACAACAGUAACUCAAACCGAAACCACUGAAACUACUACAACAGAAACUGAAUCGGAAAGCACAACUGAAACCGAAACAACUGAAACAACUACAACUCAGACUGAAUCGGAAAGCACAACAGAAACUGAAAUGGAAACCACAACAGUAACUGAAACUGAAACAACUAGAACCGAGACUGAAUCGGAGAGCACAACAGAAACUGAAUUGGAGACUACAACUGUAACAGAAACCGAAACAACUGAAACAACUACAACCGAAACUGAAUCGGAAAGCACAGCUGAAACUGAAUUGGAAACUACAACAGUAACUGAAACCUCUACAACUGAAACCUCUACAACCGAUACUGAAUCGGAAAGCACAACAGAAACUGAAAUGGAAACCACAACAGUAACUGAAACUGAAACAACUACAACCGAAAAUGAAUCGGAAAGCACAACAGAAACUGAAAUGGGAACCACAACAGUAACUGAAACUGAAACAACUACAACCGAAACUGAAUCGGAAAGCACAACAGAAACUGAAAUGGGAACCACAACAGUAACUGAAACUGAGACAACUACAACCGAGACUGAAUCGGAAAGCACAACAGAAACUGAAAUGGGAACCACAACAGUAACUGAAACUGAGACAACUACAACCGAGACUGAAUCGGUAAGCACAACAGAAACUGAAUUGGAAACUACAACUGUAACAGAAACCGAAACAACUGAAACAACUACAACCGACACUGAAUCGGAAAGCACAACAGAAACUGAAUUGGAAACUACAACAGUAACUGAAACCGAAACAACUGAAACCUCUACAACCGAAACUGAAUCGGAAAGCACAACAGAAACUGAAAUGGGAACCACAACAGUAACUGAAACUGAAACAACUACAACCGAAACUGAAUCGGAAAGCACAACAGAAACUGAAAUGGGAACCACAACAGUAACUGAAACUGAAACAACUACAACCGAAACUGAAUCGGAGAGCACAACAGAAACUGAAUUGGAAACUACAACUGUAACAGAAACUGAAACAACUACAACCGAAACUGAAUCGGAAAGCACAGCUGAAACUGAAUUGCAAACUACAACAGUAACUGAAACCGAAACAACUGAAACCUCUACAACCGAAACUGAAUCGGAAAGCACAACAGAAACUGAAAUGGAAACCACAACAGUAACUGAAACUGAAACAACUACAACCGAAACUGAAUCGGAAAGCACAGUUGAAACUGAAUUGGAAACCACAACAGUAACUGAAACUGAAACAACUACAACCGAAAAUGAAUCGGAAAGCACAACAGAAACUGAAAUGGGAACCACAACAGUAACUGAAACUGAAACAACUACAACCGAGACUGAAUCGGAAAGCACAACAGAAACUGAAAUGGGAACCACAACAGUAACUGAAACUGAAACAACUACAACCGAAACUGAAUCGGAAAGCACAGCUGAAACUGAAUUGGAAACCACAACAGUAACUGAAACUGAAACAACUACAACCGAAAAUGAAUCGGAAAGCACAACAGAAACAGAAAUGGGAACCACAACAGUAACUGAAACUGAAACAACUACAACCGAAACUGAAUCGGAAAGCACAACAGAAACUGAAAUGGGAACCACAACAGUAACUGAAACUGAAACAACUACAACCGAGACUGAAUCGGAAAGCACAACAGAAACUGAAUUGGAUACUACAACAGUAACAAAAACCGAAACAACUACAACCGAAACUGAAUCGGAAAGCACAGUUGAAACUGAAUUGGAAACCACAACAGUAACUGAAACUGAAACAACUACAACCGAAAAUGAAUCGGAAAGCACAACAGAAACAGAAAUGGGAACCACAACAGUAACUGAAACUGAAACAACUACAACCGAAACUGAAUCGGAAAGCACAACAGAAACUGAAAUGGGAACCACAACAGUAACUGAAACUGAAACCUCUACAACCGAAACUGAAUCGGAAAGCACAACAGAAACUGAAAUGGGAACCACAACAGUAACUGAAACUGAAACAACUACAACCGAAACUGAAUCGGAAAGCACAACAGAAACUGAAAUGGGAACCACAACAGUAACUGAAACUGAAACAACUACAACCGAAACUGAAUCGGAGAGCACAACAGAAACUGAAUUGGAAACUACAACUGUAACAGAAACUGAAACAACUACAACCGAAACUGAAUCGGAAAGCACAGCUGAAACUGAAUUGCAAACUACAACAGUAACUGAAACCGAAACAACUGAAACCUCUACAACCGAAACUGAAUCGGAAAGCACAACAGAAACUGAAAUGGAAACCACAACAGUAACUGAAACUGAAACAACUACAACCGAAACUGAAUCGGAAAGCACAGUUGAAACUGAAUUGGAAACCACAACAGUAACUGAAACUGAAACAACUACAACCGAAAAUGAAUCGGAAAGCACAACAGAAACAGAAAUGGGAACCACAACAGUAACUGAAACUGAAACAACUACAACCGAAACUGAAUCGGAAAGCACAACAGAAACUGAAAUGGGAACCACAACAGUAACUGAAACUGAAACCUCUACAACCGAAACUGAAUCGGAAAGCACAACAGAAACUGAAAUGGGAACCACAACAGUAACUGAAACUGAAACAACUACAACCGAAACUGAAUCGGAAAGCACAACAGAAACUGAAAUGGGAACCACAACAGUAACUGAAACUGAAACAACUACAACCGAAACUGAAUCGGAGAGCACAACAGAAACUGAAUUGGAAACUACAACUGUAACAGAAACUGAAACAACUACAACCGAAACUGAAUCGGAAAGCACAGCUGAAACUGAAUUGCAAACUACAACAGUAACUGAAACCGAAACAACUGAAACCUCUACAACCGAAACUGAAUCGGAAAGCACAACAGAAACUGAAAUGGAAACCACAACAGUAACUGAAACUGAAACAACUACAACCGAAACUGAAUCGGAAAGCACAGUUGAAACUGAAUUGGAAACCACAACAGUAACUGAAACUGAAACAACUACAACCGAAAAUGAAUCGGAAAGCACAACAGAAACUGAAAUGGGAACCACAACAGUAACUGAAACUGAAACAACUACAACCGAGACUGAAUCGGAAAGCACAACAGAAACUGAAAUGGGAACCACAACAGUAACUGAAACUGAAACAACUACAACCGAAACUGAAUCGGAAAGCACAGCUGAAACUGAAUUGGAAACCACAACAGUAACUGAAACUGAAACAACUACAACCGAAAAUGAAUCGGAAAGCACAACAGAAACAGAAAUGGGAACCACAACAGUAACUGAAACUGAAACAACUACAACCGAAACUGAAUCAGAAAGCACAACAGAAACUGAAAUGGAAACCACACCAAUGACUGAAACUGAAACAACUACAACUCAGACUGAAUCGGAAAGCACAACAGAAACUGUACUGGAAACUACAACAGUUACAGAAACUGAAACUACUACAUCCGAAAUUAUAUCGGAAAGCACAACAGAAACUGAAAUGGAAACCACACCAGUGACUGAAACUGAAACAACUACAACUCAGACUGAAUCGGAAAGCACAACAGAAACUGUACUGGAAACUACAACAGUUACAGAAACUGAAACAACUACAUCCGAAACUAUAUCGGGAAGCACAACAGAAACUGAAUUGGAAACUACAAGUGUAACAGAAACUGAAACAACUACAACCGAGACUGAAUCGGAAAGCACAACAGAAACUGAACUGGAAACUACAACAGUAAUCACACCAGAAACAACUACAACCGAGACUGAAUCGGUAAGCACAACAGAAACUGAAUUGGAAACUACAACAGUAACUGAUUUGGAAACCACAACAGUAACUGAAACUGAAACAACUACAACCGAGACAGGAUCGGAAAGCACAACAGAAACUGAAUUGGAUACUACAACAGUAACUCAAACCGAAACAACUGAAACAACUACAACCGAAACUGAAUCAGAAAGCACAACAGAAACUGAAUUGGAUACUACAACAGUAACUCAAACCGAAACAACUGAAACAAUUACAACCGAAACUGAAUCAGAAAGCACAACAGAAACUGAAAUGGAAACCACACCAGUGACUGAAACUGAAACAACUACAACUCAGACUGAAUCGGAAAGCACAACAGAAACUGUACUGGAAACUACAACAGUUACAGAAACUGAAACAACUACAACCGAGACUGAAUCGGAAAGCACAACAGAAACUGAAUUGGAUACUACAACAGUAACUCAAACCGAAACAACUGAAACAACUACAACCGAAACUGAAUCAGAAAGCACAACAGAAACUGAAAUGGAAACCACACCAGUGACUGAAGCUGAAACAACUACAACUCAGACUGAAUCGGAAAGCACAACAGAAACUGUACUGGAAACUACAACAGUUACAGAAACUGAAACAACUACAUCCGAAAUUAUAUCGGAAAGCACAACAGAAACUGAUUUGGAAACUACAACAGUAACAGAAACUGAAACAACUACAAACGAGACUGAAUCGGAAAGCACAACAGAAACUGAAAUGGAAACUACAACUGUAACAGAAACCGAAACCACUGAAACAACUACAACCGAAUCUGGAUCGGAAAGCACAACAGAAACUGAAUUGGAAACUACAACAGUAACUCAAACCGAAACAUCUGAAACAACUACAACCGAGACUGAAUCAGAAAGCACAACAGAAACUGAAUUGGAAACUACAAGUGUAACAGAAACCGAAACAACUACAAACGAGACUGGAUCGGAAACCACAACAGAAACUGAACUGGAAACUACAACAGUAACCACACCAGAAACAACUACAACCGAAACUGAAUCGGAAAGCACAACAGAAACUGAAUUGGAAACUACAAGUUUAACAGAAACCGAAACAACUACAACCGGAACUGGUUCGGAAAGCACAACAGUAACUGAUUUGGAAACUACAACAGUAACUGAUUUGGAAACCACAACAAUAACUGAGACUGAAACAACUACAACCGAGACAGGAUCGGAAAGCACAACAGAAACAGAAUUGGAAACUACAACAGAAACUGAUGUGGAAACUACAACAGUAACUGAAACUGAAACAACUACAACCGAAACUGAAUCGGAAAGCACAGCUGAAACUGAAUUGAAAACUACAACAGUAACAGAAACUGAAACAACUACAACCGAGACUGUAUCGGAAAGCACAACGGAAACCCAGGUGGAAACUACAACAGUAACCACAGCAGAAACAACUACAACCGAGACUGGAUCUGAGAGCACAACAGAAACUGAAUUAGAUACUACAACAGUAACUGAAACAGAAAUAACUGAAACAACCACAACCGAAACUGGAUCAGGAAGUACAACAGGAACUGACUUGCAAACUACGACUAAAUCUGAAUUCGAAACUACUACACGAACUAACUGGGAAACUACAACAGUAAGUGUUACGGAGAGUGUUACUAAAACUAAUGUUGCAACCACAACAGAAACUCAGUUUCAGACUACAACACAAAGCAGCUUAGAAUCUACAACAAAAACUGAAUUUGAAAUUACGACCGAGGCUGAACAAUCUACUUCAAAUCCUAAUAGUUCAUCUAUGUUGAAAGUAAAUCUUGUACUUCUCAUAGUUUCAUUUUACAACUUUGCAAGUUAAGCAUAACAUUUUUUAAAAGAAAAUGUUAUUUUAAGUGCGCUUUAGUGUAAAAAGAAUUACACAUAUACAAGUAUUAUGUUAAAAGCAUUGUUUAUCAGUGAACGGUAAUAUACAAAAUCAUGUUUUGUUUAUCUAAUACAAUAAAAUUAUUUACAAUACAAUAAAUUUAAAUUAAAUUUUAA